UCCAUGUUAAAUAACAGCAGCUCGUGUAGUCUGAUGCGCCACAUUAAAGGUCACGUGAUGCUGUCAGACUGCUCAUUGACAGCUUUUUUUUAUUACAUGAAAAAUGUUCUUCUCUCCUCAGUUGCACUUGUUCAUCUUCAUCACUUUCACUUUCUUCUCCGUUCGUCCUGAUUUUGCUUCUCUUCACAUCCGGCUCUUAAUCAAUCCUCCCUUUUAAUGAGAUUAAACUGUGACCUGCAGCGACCUCUCCUCUCCUGCCCAAGUCCUCUCCUCUUUUCCUUUCUUCUGCCCCCUUAUCUCCUCUCCUGCUUCCUCACCUCCUCCCUCUCUCUCUCUCUCUCUCUCUCUCUCUCCUUCUCUCCAGCUGAUCUUCCAAACUUGGUCAUGUUCUUGCCUGUGCAGCAGUGUGUGUGGACCCUGUGAGGAGAAGGUCAUGGCUCGCUGCAGGAGUUACCUACGAGGACUCUCCAUCUGUGUCACUGUGCUGCUUCUGGUGUCCGGCGUGGUGAUGAUCGGCGUCGGGGUUUCCUCCAUCGAGGGCAACACACCGGUUGCCCAGCUCUUCGAGCAGCUCUCCAGCAGCGACGGCCUGAUGGUGCUCAAGGUGUUCGGUCUGGUCACCGUGGUUCUGUCGGUUCUGGGUGUCUGCGCUACGUCACUGCACCACAAGCCUCUGCUGCUGCUGUUUUCUGCCCUGAUAUUUGUGGAGUUCGUGGCUCUAAUGGUCGUCGCCUCCCCGCUGGUUCAGGUCCAAGCUCAGGUAACUCCACCCUCCUUUGAGGUAACCCCACCCUCCUUUGUGGUAACUCCACCCUCCUUUGAGGUAACCCCACCCUCCUUUGUGGUAACUCCACCCUCCUUUGAGGUAACCCCACCCUCCUUUGUGGUAACUCCACCCUCCUUUGAGGUAACCCCACCCUCAUUUGUGGUAACUCCACCCUCCUUUGAGGUAACCCCACCCUCCUUUGUGGUAACUCCACCCUCCUUUGUGGUAACCCUACCCUCCUUUGUGGUAACCCCACCCUCAUUUGUGGUAACUCCACCCUCCUUUGUGGUAACUCCACCACUCUUUGUGGUAACUCCACCCUCCUUUGAGGUAACUCCACCUUUGUUGUGCAAUUGGUUCUUAGGAGACACUGCUGCCCCCUGGAGGACAGUGUGGGCAUUUAUUCAACCUCAUUUUUUAGAUGAAUGUCCGCAGCUUUCAGAGAAUCUAAACUUCCUCUUAGUGAGGAAUCAGAGUGGUUUAAUGAUACGACAUUUUGCUGUUGUUGCUGUUGUUGUUGUUGUUGUUGUGGCGUUGCAGAUGGACGGCGCGGUGGACGAGGUGUUCCGGAACGUGACCCCCCUCCACCGAGCGGAGCCCUACAUCCAGAGCGAACUGAACAAGCUGCAGGCCUCCGACUCCUGCUGUGGCUUGAGGACUUUCAAGGAUUGGGAAAAACAACUUCCUGUCUCCUGUUUCUGCAAACCCGCCGUGUCCACCCUGCAGCCGAGCUCUCAGUCAGGUAACGCGAGCUCGGGGGGGCCCUGUGUGCUGGUGGGCAGUGACCUUUACCCUCCGACCUCUCAGGUGUCCGAGCGGCUGUGGGUUCACUCCGAGCCCUGCGGCCCCAUCCUGAAGAGCCACCUGAGCUUCCCCAUCAAAGUGAGGAUAGGAAUCAUCUCGGCCUUCUCCACCAUCGCGAUGGCGGCCGUGGCGCUGUGCCUGGCGCUCGGCCUGCAGGAGUACUGGACGACCCCCCCGGUGGAAACCACGGUCGACGACUUCGACAGAGUGAAGUACCAACCCAAACCCUCCCUCACCUGACCUCUGACCCCCGCCCCCCUGAAUCCAGGGACCAGUCCACACUGAGGUGGAGCCAUGAAGAAGGAACGGAGCAGCUUGGGACUGAAUGUUUGAUUUGAAUAAAGUUUUAUUUUAUCACGG